AUACAUUGUGGUGUGUUUCCCGUUUCAAGCCAGUGCCAUGUGUAAUGUGUCCAGAGCUAGGAAAGUCAUCAUAUUCCUGUUACUGCUGAUGUUAGCCCUCAACGCUCAUUUCUUCUGGACUGCAGAACUUGUGGAUGAACAUGGCUGGAUUAUCUGCAGAGGUGGGAAAGACUUUCAGAAGUUGGUUGAGGAGAUCUGGCCCUGGGUCGACUUUCUUGUCUACAGCUUCUUACCUUUUGUCACGAUUAUGAUCCUAAACAUUUUUAUAAUCAGAGAGGUAGCAAGUGCUCGAUCUACUCGUGGACGCCUAGCAGGGUCUGAACAGGAGAACCACACCCCAUCCUCAACCAAUGUUAACACCUCUGGUAACUCCAGCCAAAGGAAGACGCCAGCAAGUGAUGGCACUCGUUUGACAGCAUUACUCCUGACAGUGUCUUUCACUUUCCUAUUGCUGACACUUCCCAACAACAUCGCUCUCAUCGUCUCCAGAUUCUGGAACCAGAAGUAUGAAAACAAGACAGAUCAUUUGACAGCAGACGAGAUGCGCGCCAUCGUACACGGCAUGGCUCGGUUUAAACUGGUGAUGACUAUCACCGAACUGCUCAUGUACACAAAUCAUUCCAUCAACUUCUUCCUCUACUGUGCCACUGGCAACAAGUUUCGGCAGCAAAUUUUCGAUCUUCUACGGUGCCUUCGGAGACCACGCCAGCCUCACACACACGUCGAAAAUACCGGCUUUACAAACUCGGUCAGCAGGUCCAACCACUGUCUGAUGGUUGUCAAGACAAACAGUAUGGCUAUGACCAGACGUACACCUGAAAAGAAAAGUAGUUCUAUGAGUACGGACGAUGAACCUGAUAAAGAUGAAGACAAUAAAUUUGUCUUUGAGGAAAACGUUCGAGCUUGUACUAAUGGAAAUGUGGAAAAUAGAUUUCAUAGAAGUUCAGACAGUGUGGAUAUGACCAAGAGUAAGGAUAGUCUUCAAGAUAGUUCUGCUUAUUCAUAUCAGAAUAGUGGUAAAAUAAGCACAUUUGAAAAUGACAAACGGAAUUCUGUAAAGGAUCAUCAUAAUCGAAAGUCUUUUGAGAACAAAGGUUCUCCUUUUUUGUGUAAAAGGUUAGGAAACUCCUCGCAUGACAAAAGUGGUGAUGUGAUCUCAGAUAGCUCUGUAGAUCGGCAUUGCAAACCAGUAGCGAACAGUUCUGCUCCUUGGAAAGUAUACAACAGCAAAAAGAAGCAGAAACAGUCGGUUGCCUCCAAGCGAGGUAGCUUUGGUACCGAUUGUGACCUCAGCAGUAAUGACAGCGAGUACAUACUUCUGCAGCCUACUAUUCGCUGGUGUGACUCGGCAACCCAGUCCUGA